CACCUUCACCUUCGCGUCGUGCCUGCGGAACGGCUGGGUGUGGGACGCCGUGGGCUGCGCGUGGGACGGGUUUAGCGGCAGCCUCUUUGAGAAGAGUUCCAGUCACACAUGCAUAUGUGAUGCAUGGUAACAUUUACCGCUAAGGUGAAAUGCAGAAAUGAAAAGGACACAUCCACUUGAGUAUUCUCAGAUAUGGUUACAUGCACUUUAUCGUGGUUUCCAUGCUACUGACUUUUUUUUUUUUUUUUAAUGUGUAAAAAUUGUAACAGUUAAAAGCUUAGGACUUAUAAACUCGGUGUUUCUGAAUGAACAUCACAAGUAGAGAUUUUAUUACAGCAUCAAUACCUCAGAAGAGCCCUCAUCCUAGAUCUAGACGGUGUUCUUUCAUCAGCUGGGGCCUGAAGCUUCAGCUCCUAGGAUGGCGGAGAAGCUUCCUACAGAGUUUGAUGUGGUAAUAAUAGGGACAGGUUUGCCCGAGUCCAUCCUGGCAGCUGCGUGUUCAAGAAGUGGACAGAGAGUUCUGCAUGUUGACUCAAGGAGUUACUAUGGAGGGAAUUGGGCAAGUUUCAGCUUUACAGGUUUGCUGUCCUGGCUGAAGGACUAUCAACAGAACCAUGCCAGCGAGGAAGGCAUGACUGCCUCAUGGCAAGACCUGAUCCAGGAAACAGAAGAAGCCAUUGCUCUUGGCAAGAAGGAUGAAACUAUUCAGCACACAGAAGUCUUCUGUUAUGCUAGUCAAGAUGUGGAGGACAGUGUGCCAGACACUGAUGCUCUGCAGAAAAGUUCCUCCCUAGAGUCAUCUGCUACUCCUGCUGACUCUCUGGAUUCUGCAAGCUUGCCCAAAGAAAGGCAGUCAGCUUACUCUACAAGCUAUGAGGUGCCUUCUAGACAUACAGAGGAAAGUGAUAGAGAGCUUUCACUAUCCUCAGCUAAUGUGGAGGACUCACUGGAGAAAGAAAAAGACUGUGGAGACAAAACGGAUACGCACACAGUUUCAGAUGAAGAUAAAGGUGAACACAAACUUGUUGUAGAAGACAGCAUUGAACAACCAAAGAGAAAUAGGAUUACUUACUCUCAAAUGGUUAAGGAGAGCCGGAGAUUUAAUAUUGACUUGGUAUCAAAGCUGCUGUAUUCUCAAGGGUCACUGAUUGAUCUUCUAAUCAAAUCGAAUGUUAGUCGUUACGCAGAAUUUAAGAAUGUCACUAGAAUCCUUGCAUUUCGGGAAGGGAAGAUAGAACAGGUGCCUUGCUCCAGAGCAGAUGUCUUUAAUAGUAAAGAGCUCACUAUGGUUGAAAAGAGAAUGCUAAUGAAGUUUCUUACAUUCUGUUUAGACUAUGAACAACAUUCUGAUGAAUACCAAGAUUUCAAACAGUGUUCAUUUUCUGACUACUUAAAAACUAAAAAACUAACACCUAAUCUCCAGCAUUUCAUACUACACUCAAUUGCAAUGACAUCAGAAUCAUCUUGCACUACAUUAGAUGGCCUUCAAGCAACAAAAAACUUCCUUCAGUGUCUUGGACGGUUUGGCAAUACUCCCUUUAUAUUUCCUUUAUAUGGCCAAGGAGAAAUUCCCCAGUGUUUCUGCAGGAUGUGUGCAGUUUUUGGUGGAGUCUAUUGUCUUCGCCAUAAAGUAAAAUGCCUUGUAGUUGACAAAGACUCUGGAAGAUGUAAAGGAAUCAUAGAUGCCUUUGGUCAGAGAAUAAGUGCCAACUACUUUAUUGUGGAGGACAGUUACCUUUCUAAGGAAACAUGUUCAAACGUGCAAUACAAGCAGAUCUCGAGGGCAGUGCUCAUCACAGAUCAGUCCAUCCUGAAGACAGAUUCAGACCAGCAGAUUUCCAUUUUGGUAGUGCCUCCUCUGGAGCCAGGAACCACUUCUGUUCGGGUCAUGGAAUUAUGUUCAUCAACCAUGACAUGCAUGAAGGACAGCUAUCUGGUCCACCUGACCUGUUCCUCUUCAAAAACAGCCAGAGAAGACUUGGAACCUGUGGUGAAGCAGUUAUUUAUUCCUUUUGCAGAAGUAGAAGCAGACAAAGAUGAACUCAGAAAACCAAGACUCUUGUGGGCUCUUUAUUUUAAUAUGAGAGAUUCCUCAGGAGUGAGCCGAAGCUCAUACUGUGGCUUACCUUCCAACGUGUACAUCUGCUCUGGGCCUGACUGUGGACUGGGGAAUGAACAUGCUGUCAAGCAAGCGGAAACACUGUUCCAAGAGAUUUUUCCCAGUGAAGAGUUCUGCCCUCCUCCACCAAACCCUGAAGACAUUAUCUUUGAAGCUGAGGGUUAGCAACCAGGCACUCCUGGAGUUAGUAAUACAUUCACCACUAAGCUAGUCACCCCAAGGACAGUAAGAACUUUUAAAUCCUAUAACACCUUCAAAAACAAAAGAAAAAAUUGGCAAUGCCUCAUCCUGGCCUCAAAACAUUGCCAUAUGAAAGGAUACGCAGCAGUAACUAAGAAACACUGUUCAUGUGUCUUCAACAGUGAGAUGCUGGGUUCUGCUAACCUCUCAGCAACUGAUCUGUUGGUGACUUGGCUCUCUUGUUUCAGAAUUGGCCCCAGGAAUUCAGAAUCUUUGAAUGCUGUUCACUUUUAUUUUACUUUGGGGUCCCUUGUUAGUACCUUUGUUUACUUUAAGGUAAUAUCACACUUGCUCCUAUGUUUAGGUUUUAUUUUUUUAUUUUUUUACACAAAAUUAAUUCCCAAGGACUAUUUUAGCUACUGCUGCAGCUACUGUUGUUGCUACCACUUCAGAUCUAUAGAGGGACACAUAAAUCACAAACUGGGAGAUGUUUUUGUAUAUUACAUAACAUAGAGAUGGUAGGAGUAGCAGCUAAUUCAAGUGCCAUGAUAAGUUUAGCUGUGCAUGCUGCUGUGUCUUCAGGUUGAUAAUUACAAGUGAAUUCAUUCACCUGCUUGACCAUUGGAACUCAGGAGGCAGUGAGACUACUCUAGCCUUCUACUAUAAGAGGUACAUUUUAGUAGUCCAAGAAACUGAUAUUUAAGAGAUUCAUCACAAUCUGGGCAUGGUAGCUCACUCCCACAAUCCUGUCAUUCAGGAGACUGAGGCAGGAGGAUUGCUGUAACCUAGACCAGUCUGGGCUACAGUGUUGAGACUAUUUCAAAACAAAACAAUCCUCCUCCCACCAAAAAGAAGUACAUUAUAAAGAAAACUAAAGGAACAAGAUUUAUUCAGAAAAAAAUUUAUAGAGUUGACAAUAGCAUUUAACUCCCAACUCAGGCUAACAUAAAUUAAUAAAUUGCCCCAGAAAAAGAUACUUCAGGAUAGAUAUUAAGAAAUUAUCAGAAAGGAAUUCCUGGGGAGGAACAGCUUUAAGUUUUAGAUAGAUUUCCCCAUUCAGGCUUCUCAGGGUGAAGCAUGUCACCUGGUUGGCUGGACUUUCAUAAGCACCGGUAACAGACAGAGUGUAUGACUACUACAUGUCUGUUACCUGGAGAUGGGAAGUUUCCCCUCUAGAACUACCUGCUGUACCCCAGCAGUGAAAACCCUCUGUACUGUGGGAAGGGGACUACAGUGUGUUCUGAGUAUACUCUUACUCCUCUUUAGUGAGGAAAGCAGAGCCAACCAUUCACAUGAAUGACAGCAUGCUGAGAGUAGGCAGCCAUCGAUUGGUCUUAGUGUUUGCUUUUUUAAUACAGUAAAGGGGAAAUAUUGGGUAGAUCUUAAGGUUUAAAUCUAGCCUAACAACUGAAAUACCUGAAAUGACCUAAAAAUAGCAGUUAAGAAAAUAACAAUUCUAAGAUCAGUAAAAUGGAUGGGUAAAAAGUGAGAGUAAUUCAAACCCACUGUAUAGUUUGUCAGAACAACAGUCUAUUCCAGAGACAUUUAAAAGAGGUAUAGCUGUAAAAGAUAAAGAGACAUAUCAAAAGACAGAAUUGAAUGUAAUGGAACUAAAAUUAGACUAGGCCAAAGGACUGUUUGUUUGUUUGUUUGUUUUAAACUAAGGAAGUGAAUACAUUACUUUAAAUAAUCACAAAAUAAUAAGUUGGAAGUGAGACAAACCAGUAAAAAGUAUUUAACCAGUAAAAAUUAUUAGGUGUAUUAUCUAAUUUUUUGACGAGUUAGAAUAGGCUUAUUGUAGUUUUCAGAUGUUUAAGAAAUAAAAUCAUAAAUGCCGUUUUUCUCCAAUUCUAUUUUAACUCAGUGAGGGUUUCAUUCUAAAAAUCAAACAAAGGCCCUCAUUCCAGGUAGGUGGAAGCUGCCGAAUACAGUGUUGGCAAACAGCUAACAACAAACAGAAACAAUUACUUACAGUGACUCCAGAGUAGAGGGCUGUGUCCAAUAGAGGAGCCAUACAUCUGCAGGAACGGAACAGAACCCUUAGUACUAACUGCACUAACCAGAACCUUACUCACAUUUGCUUUAAUUAUGUUUGCUAAUGAUUUUGUAGGCUCUUCAUAAUAUGAUAAGCAACUACUUAAAACUUAACUCAAAUUUAUUUUGGGAAAGCAUGUACAAACCAUUUCUCAAGCAGAAAUGAAAGGCCUUGUUACAAUUUUCAUCUGUAUAUGGCUGAAAAAAUUGUCAUUGGAAUAAAAAUGCAAAGUAAAGAUGCAGAAAGAAAUCAGUGCAAAUAUAUUUUAUUUCUAUGACUUUAUAAUUUACAAAACCUAUAACAUAAAUAUAUUACAAACAAGAUAAUUUCAUAAGUUGCAAGAUACAUAGUUUCUUAAAAUCUCUAGAUUCCAACAGUGAUGGAAAUUUAAAAAGCAUUCACACACAUAGAGAUAUAUAA